AUAAAAUAAAAUAAAAUUUCUUUUUUUUUUUAUUUUUAUCUUGAUGGAAAGUUAUUUUACGCUUACAGGUGCCUUGAUGGCAGUACUUUGUACCUAUGUCAUCUUGGGUCGAUUGUUGGGCAUGUAUAUAUUUGACACCACCGGCAGUACAGGGCUCAGAAGACGAUUGAUGGUGCAAGUGGUUGUGUUGGGUGAUAUUGGACGUUCACCACGUAUGCGAUACCAUGCUACUUCGCUUGCUGAUGCUGGCUGUACAGUGGACUUGAUUGGCUAUACAGGUUAGACUGUUCAUCAGACCUGAUGCUAUAUACUCAUCCACCUUAGAAACCAAUCCUGGUGCACGUAUUAACGUCAAUAGACACAUUCGUAUUCGUCCUAUUCGUCAAGCAUGGUCUGUGCCUGAAGGAUUUCCUUCUUGGUGUUAUUUAAUAUGGGCACCUUUUAAAGCCUGUUUCUUGACGUGUCAAUUGUUCUGGAUCAUGGCCUGUAUCUCACAAAAACCUGAUUUUAUCAUUAUCCAAAAUCCACCUUCUAUACCUACUCUCUUGAUAGCACAAUGGGUAGGUAAACUUCGAAAGGCAUGGCUCAUCAUUGACUGGCAUAACUUUGGUUAUUCGAUCUUGGCCAUGAAACUCGGUGAACAACACAAAGUAGUUCAGUUAGCCAAAUGGUAUGAACAGCGAUUAGGUCAUGAAGCCUAUGCUCACAUGACCGUCACGGAUGCCAUGCAUCAGGAACUCAAACGCUGGGAUGUCCAAGGCCAGAUCAUGACCGUCAGGGACAAACCUCAAUCUGAUUUCAAGCGACUCUCGUUAGACCAGAUUCAUCGUCAAUUCACGUUUUCAUUCAAAUGGAUUGAAUCCCUUGUACAACAGACAGAGGACGGAAAUACCUUUUUAGGCCAAUUCAAUCAGCGAGCCUUAGGUACCUUAUUGACCGAUGCAGAUCAAGAUGGAGGAUUGAUCUGGCGACACGAUCGACCGAGAUUGAUUGUGUCCAGUACCUCAUGGACAGAAGAUGAGGAUUUCUCUGUCUUGUUAAGAGCAGUCGAGUUGUACGAAAGGGCUGCCCUACCUUCGGACCCUAAAUUGUUGUUUGUGAUUACAGGCAAUGGACCACAAAAGAAAUUCUAUCUGGAAAAAAUAAAGCAGCUUAGGUUAGUCAAGACACAUAUCGUCACUGCUUGGUUAGAAACGGGCGAUUAUCCAUUGUUGUUGGGUAGUGCAGAUUUAGGUGUAUCGUUACAUACAAGUUCAAGUGGCAUGGAUUUACCAAUGAAGGUGGUGGAUAUGUUUGGCUGUGGAUUGCCUGUGUGUGCAAUUGAUUUUCCAUGGUAACAAAUAUAUACAUGGUAACACAUUAUCGACUCAUUACGUUAGUUUAAAUGAACUUGUUCAUGAUCAACAGAAUGGCUUGAUAUUCAAGACAAGUGAAGAUUUAGUUGAACAAUGGAAGGAACUUUUUUCAAAAAACCCUGAAAAAUUGGAUGCAUUGAGAUCCAAUGUCAUUCAAGAAUACAGGAAUAAUACAUGGCAAUACCAAUAUAAACAAGUAUUGACAGACUUAUUUAACCAAAAAGAAUAAAAAAAAAAAUUUUUUUUAAUUA